CACUCGUGUCGCCGCCUACACACAAGACUCUUGUGUAACUUAUGUAACAGCAGAAGCCGUGCUAUCCAAAUCACACAAUUAUAUGCAGGCAUUGUCGUUUUAGACAUUGGUCAGUUUUGUUGCAGGUGUGGAAGUGUUUGGAGCUGAAUGCAGAAGGUUGUAGCUGUGCUUGGUGGGGGGAUUGGGGGUCUGUCGGCCUGCCAUCAUCUGAGCAAGAGUCCUAAUGUUUCCAAGAUUGUGCUGUUGGAGAGAUCUGGGAGAUGUGGGGGCUGGUUGAGCUCCAUACGGAGGGAUGAUGGAGCCGUGUUUGAACAGGGACCACGAGGGGUGCGACCUGCAGGUGCCGUCGGCCGGAACACUUUAAAUAUGGUUUCAGAUUUGGGUCUUGAGUCUGAAAUCCUGCCUGUUACAAAGGAUCAUGUGGCGUCUAAGAACCGCUUCCUGUAUGUGAAGGGACAGCUGCACAAGAUGCCGUCAAGACCUGGUGGGGUUGUCCGCACCAUCCCUCCUUUCUCUCGACCCAUAAUUCAGAGCGUUCUGAAGGAGAUACUGAUCAGAAAAGGGACAGAGGAGGAUGAAUCAGUGCAUGCAUUUGUGUCCAGACGACUGGGUACUGAGCUGGCAGAUAUAGCCAUAGACAGCCUGUGUAGAGGAGUUUUUGCAGGAGACUGCAGACAGUUGAGCAUACGGUCCUGCUUUCCUCCUCUUUAUGAAGCAGAGCGGUCUCGGGGCUCCAUCGUGCUGGGCAUGCUGAUGGGUUCAGGAGGUGGUCCUAAAGUAUUCCCUUCUGACUUGGCAAAGAGAGCAUCUAAAGAGUCUUGGACUCAGUGGUCUCUUAAAAGAGGCAUGCAGGCAUUCCCAGAAGCCUUGGAGGACACGCUGAAGAGACGAGAACGAGUGGAGCUUCAUCAUCAUGCCAAAGUGAAGAGUCUGAACCUGAACAGUGGAGGCUGGGAGAUCAAACUAGAUGAUGGGGUCUCUUUGAAAGCUGAUCAUGUGAUUUCUACACUACCUGCAUCUGAACUAGCACCUGUACUGCCCCCUGCUGCUCAACCUCUGUCGGAAGAGCUGCGAUCCAUCGCUUUAGUAACCGUUGCUCUGGUGAAUUUGGAAUAUGAAGGCUUCAUCCUUCCUGUUACUGGUUUUGGACAUUUGGUGCCUUCCUCUGAAGAUCCAGGUCUGUUGGGGGUGGUGUAUGACUCUGUUCCCUUUCCCCAACACAAUCGGAGUGGAGGAUUGACCACUAGACUGACGGUGAUGAUGGGGGGCGCGUGGUUUGAGCAGACAUUCGGGCAUCCUGAUUCAGUGACGAAGCAGACGCUGUUGGAUCGAGCCACCCAGGCUGUGACCUCUCACCUGGGCGUAAACUCUCAACCUGUAUGGAGUCGCGUCGCUUUACUCAAGAACUGCAUUCCGCAGUAUCAUUUAGGACACUGGAAACGACUUGAAAAGAUGAGGCAAUACAUCAGCAACCACAAUCUGCCCCUUACACUGGCAGGAGCGUCCUACGAUGGUGUCUCUGUCAAUGAUGUUGUAUUUAGCGGACGGACUGCAGCUGAGGGCCUCGUUGGGAAAACAUGACUUACGCUAACUUAAUUUUGUCUGCUUUUAUUGAAUAUUAUAGGUUUUGUGAUAUCCGAUUGGUGAUUCAUGGGAAGCAUCUGAAAAAUAUACACUACCGUAUGAACAACAUGCUUUACUUUAAGUAUAUUUCAAUAUAAUUUGAUAAAUCAUAUGUUUUUUUUUCCAAAUAAAAUCGAAAUAUCUAAACAUUAACUCAAGAAGCAAAACUGAGAAAGUUAGGAAGACUGUUUUCAAAGAAAAUAUUUUAUUUUUGGUGCUCCAUUGCCUUUCUUUUUUUUUUUUUUUUUUGAAUCCCUAAAUUCUCAUUUAUGUUUAAAAUAAGGGGCACUUAAAUGAGGAAUAUAAUAUAUUUUCAUCAGUCAGUUUCAUUAAAGUUUGACAUCUUGGGCUGGAAAAUUGUCAAUUGCUACUUGUAUCUCACCCAAAAAGUCUGUCUGAAUCAAUUUUGCCAUUAGUAAAGGUUAUUCUGACCUGCAUUCAUGUCCCCUCAGCAUCUAUCAGUAAUGGCCAGGGGCAGACUUAGAUUUUCAAAAUGCAGUAUAUUUUAACUCAUCUCUUCCAUUUGUCUGAAAGAAGAUGGUAGUUUUCAGGUAUUUUGACAAGGCUGAGAUGAAGUGCCAUUACAUCAGGUUGCACUAAAAAACAUUUUGCACUGAACAUUUUACACCAUUACACUGAAGUGGCUUCGAUGGCAAAUUUACAACUUCUAUUUUGCAUUUAAGCCAAGCAGCAAAUUGGAAAUGGCUAUGACAUUCUGCAUUGUCAUUGACUUUCAAAAGGAAAAAAAAUGUAAAGUAUACAAUUACUCUGAGAACCAGACCUUUAAUGGGUGCUUGAGAGCCAAUUGUUUCACACACAUAUUGUUUCCAAAGCAUUUCUCUUAAUGUGUCAAAAAUAGUGUGCCUUUUUGCCUUUUACAUGCAGUACUUGCGAGAUAUCAUUAUGGAUCCAUAUGCAACGAAGACUGAUUGUGCUGCUUUCAGCCUUAGGUGCUUAUAGUGAAUGUGAUUUUUUUGUAGUAUGUAACAACAAUAAUUUCAUGAAAAACCUCAAUGUUUUUUUCUGACAACCACUCAAUAAAUGAUCGUGUGUUUUUA